GAAGUGGAAGGCUCGAUUCCAUCGCUGCCUACGACCAAACUCAUCGCUGACGCUGUAAAUAGUACCACGGGGAUGACGCGGGGAGACAGUCGCCUUUUGUUUUCAUUGCUGGACAUAGGUUACUGUGUUUCUCAGGGGGAGCUGGAUAUGUGAAGCCCACCGUGGCAAAUUGCUUCUUCCCACGGAGUGCCUGCUAACUGCCAGCAAACAAAAAUUAAACCAUGGAAGACGACUUUGAACUCUUCGGCGCCCAUCAGGGACAACACCAGACAUACCAGGGCCAAGGCGACCGCGAGAAAUCACCGCCGAAGCGUCGCCGGCCGCCGCUGUCGUGCACGGAAUGCCGCCGCCGCAAGCUGAAAUGCGACCGUCUGCUGCCCUGCAGCCAGUGUGUGCGGUCGAAAACCGCCGACUCGUGUAUCUACACGGGCUUGCAGCCGGAGAUGCGAGCCCAGCGCCAGCCGUCAAGCGAGAUCGCUGCUCACCAGGAUAACACCUCCCCGUUGGCGAUCUCCUCGAACGCGAUUUCCGUUCCGCGGCCUCCCGGCGGCCUCCCCUCCGCCAACACAACCACCACCGCCAUAACCACCGUUGCCGCCGCCCAGAAUUCGUCUCCUUCGCAGGCUGGCGUCUUCGUCUUUGACUCGAAGCUCAAGAACCCCGCCCACCGCAUCACCAAGGCGCCGCGCCCGCCGGACGAGGUGCACGAACUGCGUCGGCGGGUGCAAACGUUAGAACACGCGUUGGCCAGGGCGGCCAACGUGCCGACCCCGGAGCACUCAGGAUAUGACGGCGUGUCGGAGAUGGGGUUGCGGUCAGUGCCGCUGCAUCAGGACCAGAUCCUCGACGAUCACGUCGAGAACCUGGCGGAUGCUUGCUUUCGAGGGAAGAUGAGAAAGACACGCUACUUCGGCCGGUGCCACUGGACGUUGUCGGUGUCGAUCUUCCAGGAUAUCCGCAAAUUUCUCAAGGAGACACGGCAAAACGAGGCGCACCGGUCGGAAUUCAAGUCGAUGAAACGCUUCAAGUCGGAGGUAUGGGGCAAGGAGAAACGUGAUCACCAGCGCGUUCUGCAGAGCACCUCCUUCCGACUGGAGGACCUUCUGCCGUCGCGCGCCGUGGCGGACGAGUUGGUCAAUCUGUACUUGACGACUUUUGAAAUGACCCAUCGCAUCCUGCAUGUCCCGACGUUUCUCGAGCAGUACAACGCCUUCUGGGCCGCGGCAACCCGCCCGCCCGACAACACCGUCUUCGAAGCCAUGCUGCUGGCCAUCUUCGCGGCAAGUAGCUCCUUUUUGGAUCCCAAUCUCAAGGUUCUAGGCGAUGAGCCGGCCCCCAAGGUCGCCUCGCGCUGGAUCCUGGCGGUGCAGUCGUGGCUCCCCUCUACCAAUGUCAGCUCCUGGAUCGAUAUCCGCUGGCUGCAGGUACAGUGCAUCGUUGUUAUUGCGCGACAGGCAACAGCAUGCGAUGGAGACAUCGUCUGGGUGCAUUCCGGCGCACUAUUACGCUCGGCGAUGAUGAUGGGCCUGCACCGGGACCCCUAUCGGUUCCCGAGCAUGACGAGAUUCUGGGCGGAGAUGCGCCGUCGGCUCUGGACAACGCUGGUCGAACUAGAGAUCCAAUCCUCGCUGGACAGCGGUGUCGCCCCCGCCAUUGAUCCCGAGGAAUACGACUGCGGUCUGCCGUCGGACAUUGACGACUACGAUCUGAUGGAUGACAAGAGCGACGACCCUCUACCGAGGCAGACGACCGACUCCUUCACCCGUUCGACCUUCCAGAAGGUCAUGCUCCGCUCGCUCACCUUCCGACUCCGGGUCUCCAAGUUGGUCAACUCGCUCAAGUUCAGUCUCAGCUACGACGAGGCGCUGCGCCUCAGCGAAGGGCUGGAACAGCACCUGAGAGAUGCGUCCAUCGCAUUCGCCCCUUCGUCGAGAGCUGCAUCGCCGGACAUGGACCUGGCCGCCUUCCCGCGGUCAAUGUAUGUUUUCCUCCUGCGACGACAUUUACUCGCUCUCCACCGCCCGUUUUCCCUGAGUAUCGUCCGGUCUCCGAAAUUCGCCUACUCGCGCAAACAGUGCCUUGAGGGCUCGCUGGAGAUGCUCACCCUGUUGGAGCCCGUGGGCAACAACUCUCCCUCCUCCUCCACUUCCGCCAACAAGCCGACGGGACUGUCGUUCUCGCUCAUCCCGCGCAUCGCUCAGCUGAGCGGAGGCAUGUUCCGCGACGAGUUUUUCCACGCCGCCAUCACCGUGUGCGUCGAGCUGUCCCUCCAGGCUGACGAGUAUGCCGCCUCGGCGUUAACCUCGAUGAGCAGCGGUCCCGCAGCAAUGACCUCCCUGGUCUCGCCGCUGUCGGAUAUGGUCCAGUCGCAGCAGGACGUGCUGAUCCGGGUGGUCGAACACGCCCUCGAUGCCUUCGGGCAGCGUCUGGGACCCGCGGCCAAGGGCGGGAAAUGUUACUUGUUUCUCAACCUCGUGCUUGCCUCGGUCCGCGCACGUCUCAAGGGCGAGGACUCGCUGAAAUGGGUGGAGGAGGCCUCCAAACGGACCAUCCAGAACUGCAAGGAAUUGCUUUCUGGCGUUCCCUGGGGGGAAGGGCAUCGAACACAGCCGCUUGAGUCUUCCGGUGGCGGCAUCCAAUCAACCGUCCCAGUGCCGCAGUUUGAUCCGUUACUGUCCACCGAUAUCCCUGGAAUUUCACCGUUUGAUUUCGAUAACCUGUUCGACAUGUCCGAAUACGGACUGCCCGAGAUGUGGGAGUCGAGCGAUUUCCUGCCUCCAUUUCCCAUCGAUCCACCAGCCAUGCAUGUAUAGAGCCUGGUCUACGGAGUAUCCCGAGCGCCUGCAUUCGGGAGCAUACAUAAAGACGAGAGUCAUGAGAUAGAUUGUAUAUAGUUACCUACUUAGUUAUUAUGAUACCACUUAGACUUUAAUAGAUGCCAUCUUCCCUC